AUGCUCCGGCUUUGCCCUGACUUGUCCAGCACGGCCUCGCUUGAGGUACUGAAACGUGAGAUUUUCGGCCCCAUCAUUCCGAUUCUCUCAGUGAGUGGUGUUGAAGAGGCCAUAGACAUCAUCAACCGGAUUGGGCCGAAGCCAUUGAUCGCAUACUGCUACACGAAGGAGGAAGGCUCUGAAAAUGCUUUUGUCAAAAGCGUCCCAGCAGGGAACAUUGCAGUGAACGGUGGGCCUCAGGUGGGGACUUGACAGCACAGUUGCGACAGCACUGACUCUUCAUUGCACUGAGGGUGUUUUCUUUCGGACAGAGUUGCACAUUGCUUGCGCUGCCUGAUGGAAGAAAAUCCAAGUGUUUCAGUGUUUCGGGCUUGUUGUAGGCCAGCUCAUGCAUGCUUCUGCACAAUUUUUAUAUAUCAUUGGAUUCAAAGGGGUGUUUGUUUUUGGGGUUCGCUUGGAUCCAUGUUGUUUUGUCCAUCUCUUAGUCGAUCUUAAGAGCUAGUGCACACCCGCCAGCGAAUGAUCGGGAACUACGCAGUGAGCUUUGGUGGCACUGGGCCGAGUGGGACUGGU